AUGAGUGAGCAAGAAGCAUCCAGCCACAAUCCUUGCUUGGCAUUUCAUUGGUCGGAUUCACAGGCAAAAACGGUAGAAGUGGUUUCAUCAUUGAAUGAAUGGAAGAUCCCUGGAUUCAAGCUUGAGCAGUGUUCCUAUGGAGAGUUCGCCUGCUUUUUAGGACAGCAAGAGCCUUUCGACAAGAUCUACUUUAAAUUUGUUAUCGAUGGCUCCAGGUGGGAAGUCAACCGAAACCUCCCAGUUUUCGUUGAUGAAUUCGGAAACGAAAAUAAUAGCUGGACCCCCCAACAGGCUACUGAUCAUCAUGAUGCUCUCAUAUUACAUGUUCAGAAACAGCAAACUUUAUCAAGGGUUGACAUGGGAGAGCUCUGCAGACUAGCUCUUGCUGCUCAUGGCCUGUAUGAUCAAGAUUACAAUGAGUUAGAGUGCGUCGUCGACAGGAUAGUAUCCGACACCGGUCGAUUUACUCUUCCAAUAUCGGGAACCUUGGAGGUGUUUGUUUUGUUACGGUUUCAGCCAAGGAAACAUGUAUUCAUUUCGAGCCAAUUUGAAAGAAACGGAAAACACAAGAAUUCCGAUGAUGUUUGGGUAGCCGCAUUUCCAGCUGAUACCAGUUCAAAUCCAUAUUUACCUCUCUAUGUGAGCCUCAGUAGCUCAGAGAAAGAGAGAAGAAUGGAGAGCGAAUGUGCUACGUUACGGUUUCUCAAAGAGCAUACAUCACUUCCUGUCCCUGAAGUGUUUUCGUACGACGUCCGGUACCCUCCAGUCAAAGAUUUAACUUGGGAGCAGAAGGCGCAUGACAAGCGUGCUGGUAUAAUUAACAAAGUUGACUGGCCGUUUAUCUUGAUGGAAAAACUUGGAGGCCUGUCAUUUCAGCAGUAUUGGUCACUCGUUGGAAAUCCAAGUGAACAAAAUCCAGAUCUAAAAGAUCUUAACAUGAGGCGGCAAAAGAUCUUUGAGCAACUGGCGAUGUAUCAUUACUGGCACAGACCGGAUAAAAAUUCUCGCACGCCGAAGUCAUCAUUUGGAGUUCGUCCUUGUAUCUUUGAUACCUGCCGACCCUUUACAGACUCUGUUGUUGCUGCUUUUCCCGAUCGUCGGGCAAGAUUAUGCUUCCCGUUGGCAAAUCCAACCAAUUGUCUAAGUUCCAUCACAGCCCGCUUUAACCACCUUUUCUCUCACAACUCGAAACGCCCCCGAAUAAUCAGUGAUCCUACAGUGGAAACCGAAACGGAUCAUUUUAUUGCCCUCGAACAAAUGCGGUCUCUCGUAUUUGAAACCCUUGGCCCAAAUUAUGAGACUGGUCCAUUUAUUCUCCAACAUGCCAACUUAUUCCCACAAAACAUCUUUCUCACUGCCGAUUCCGAAGAAGAUUUUAAGAUAAGUGGGAUUAUCGAUUGGGAUUUUGCAUCCUCAGUUCCAAUUCAGAUCAGUGCGUGUCCUCCCCGCAUGUGCUUGGGACGAUUACAAAUUGGAAACGAGAACCAUGUUCAGGAAGCCCAAGCUUCUGGCAUAUUCCAUUCACCAAUCUUUCCGCAGAAUGUGCUUGGGAUGCAAAGAACUGAGUAUUUCGCGUGUUUGGAACGAAUCGAAAGCAUCCUAGAAGAAAAGAAGGGACGAGGGCUCGCUGUAUGUCGGGAUUCGACAGGGAAUAAAGGGCGCUUGUCAGAGGUUUUGAGACAAGAAAUGGUCCUACCUGUGUAUAUUUUGGACGAAAUUUGCAGUACAUCUCUGCAAGCCCUUACCGGGAGGGUUGCUCACAUGUAUUUGCCACUGAUCUUUGAAAUUAUAAGAGGUCACAAAUGGGAUGACGUUAAGGAUGCUAUUUUGAGGGAUGGAGCAAUGCGUUAUGCAGUAGAAAAAUGGAAGAAGGGGCAAGAGGACCUGAAUCAUCAUCAGCCGUUUGUCUUGCAGACCGAAUGUUCAGAUCAACUGGCCGCUUCGGAGGAAGAUUGCUUGGAUGAGGUGGCUACUUCGCUGCCAGGAUGCUUGGAUUCAGAUUUCUGA